GCACACGAACUACGACGACGCGCGCGACCUGGCGUUCCCCGAGAUCGGCGACCUGCGCGUCACGAGCACGGACAACGCGCAGGUGAAGCACUUCGCGAAGCGAAUUGUUGAAUCGUCGAUCGCUCGCGCGGUUUCGUCUCACCAUGGCCUUCGAUGACAUCCCCGUCGAACUCGCUGCCGAAGUGUUCAAGAACCUCGACUAUGGGGUAGACUCAAAUUCAAUCGCUCGACCGUCGUCUGUCACGCUCGGCACGAUCGAGCGCGGACUGGUGCACGACUGUCCGGUCGAAGUCGCAUCGCGGCGACCGUGUCUUCCGGUAACGACCGACGAAGGAAGGCACUUUCCUCCAAUGGAGUUCCAGAAGAGGGGCUUACCCCACACUCACCUGAUCUUGAAGAUCAAGCGCGGCAGCGACUUCAACGUCGAUAACCUCAUAUGCGCGGAGAUCCCCGACAUGGCGACGACCCCCCCGCCUUUGCCUCCCUCGGGGGCGAUUGCUCAGCUCUACGUCGCUCUCAGUCGCUGCACGACUUAGCUUACAUGCGUUGGUGUUGAAGCAUAUGAUUCACGGACCGUGUGGCGCUGAAGCGGGCAAUCGGUGGAAGCACACGGAGUCUGGGCGCACGACCACCCGAAGAGCACACCGGCGGUCCACUGGACGAACGCUCAGUAUGUAGGCGUUACAGUAUCACAUCGUGCACGACCUCGGCCGCCGACGCCGAAAAUGUCGCCGAGUCGGGGCUUUCGAAAACACGGCGGCGAAAAUACAGACCGAGAACGAACGCCUCAAACAUCUCAGCGCUCACCACGGGACGACGACGACGACGUACGCGGCGACGGCGACGCGAGAUAUGUGUAAUCAAAUUAAAACGUACUU